UUUUCGCUGCCAGCAAACGCAACCUCGAGAGAGAGAGCGAGCAAAGGAUACACGGAGAGAGAGAACCAAAGUAUAGCAAUGGCGGCUUCUGUAUCUGCCUGGUCUAAACCGGGAGCAUGGGCGCUUGAUUCCGAAGAACACGAAGCCGAGCUCCUUCAACAGAAAGACAAGGAUGACACUUCCCAAUUUCCUUCUCUUGCCGUCGCCGCUGCCACCAAGCCCAAGAAGAAGAAGGGCCAGACUAUCCCCUUGGCUGAUUUCACUACCUACGGAGGCCCUAAACCAUCCCAGGCCUCUCAUUCCGAUGGCUUGACGCAUGAAGACCUCAUGUUGCUGCCAACCGGUCCUCGCCAUCGAACCGCCGAGGAACUUGAGCGCGACCGGAGUCGACUUGGUGGUGGUUUUAGGUCUUAUGGUUCCUAUGACCGGCCCAAUAGGAAUUCUGGCGGGGACGAGUCGUUCAAUUCUCGAUGGGGUUCAUCUAGGGUUUGUGAUGAGCCCAGGAGGAAUGGUUCCUUCGGUCGGGAUUCGAAUCGUGAAAUGGCGCCUUCGCGAGCUGACGAAAUAGAUAAUUGGACUGCUGCGAAGAAACCGAUCGUUGGGAAUGGUUUUGAGAGGAGAGAGAGGGAUAGAGGAGGCUUUUUUGAUUCACAAUCGAGAGCUGAUGAAUCGGACAGUUGGGUAGCUAAUAAGAAUUAUGUGCCAUCGGAGGGGCGCAGAUUUGGUUCGAAUGGUGGUGGAUUUGAGAGAGACAGGAAGGUUGGAUUUGGUUCGAGCGGUGGUGCAGAUUCGGAUAAUUGGAACAGGAAGAAAGGGGAAUUUAACGGAGGAAGCGGCAUUGACAGAAUUGAGACCCCGAGUGGAAGACCUAGACUAAAUUUGCAGCCUCGAUCACUGCCUCUGAGUAAUGGAAGCCAAGAAGGUUCUGGGAAUUUGGCAAAGCCCAAGGGUCCAAACCCAUUCGGAGACGCAAAGCCAAGGGAGGAGGUUUUGGCGGAGAAGGGGCAGGAUUGGAAGAAGAUUGACCAGCAGCUGGACGCAAUGAAGAUUAAGGAAACAGUCGAGAAGAACGAUGGAUUUGGGAGGAGGGGCUUUGGUUCUGGCGAUGGACGUGCUAGUUUGCCCGAAGAAAGAGCUGAAAGGAGCUGGAGGAAGGCAGUAUCUGAUGACAGUCGUCCAACAAGCGCUGAGAAAUCCGAGGAUGGGCAAGUUGAAGAAAACUGAAGGUUUGUGAAUUAGUUUUGUCGCUGCGAAAUAGACAUGUUGAUGAAAUUUGGAAAUUGAAUACGGAGCUUCCUUUUUUCGUGUUAUUUUAUUUUUCAUGACUUUUCUAAAAGCAUCUAUUCCGAGACACUAUACUGAAACAGUUAUAGACAAUUUUGGUUGGUCUGCAUGUAGCUUAGAUAGUCUUAGCUGUUAUAUCUUUGUUCAUAGCCGACUGUGGCGGCAAUUUUCGCCAUUUGAAAAUCAUGUAUUAAACAUCUAGUGGGUUCUGAGCUACCGAUUUUGGUAUUUAUUUUCAACUCAAUAAUAUUUGUAUGUGCGUUGGACGGAUUCCCCUCCAUUGUUAAUUUCAUGUAAUUUUGUUUUGAUUUGA